CAAAACAUUAAAUAUGGUUCCUUCGUCUGUCCCUUUUGCCAUCAGAUUAGUUUCAAAUUUGCAAAAAUAUCAUGUUUUUUAUGAACAAUACUACAACUUGAGAGGGCCCAUCAAAUAAGUUUACCCAGGGGUCUUGCUCGAUAUUUUUUUGGGGUCUCUUUCACUACUUGAGUUAAUUUUUAAAAGAGCGACAACUUCAGUUCAACAUAGGCUUGUUGUACCUAGAAGCAAGGAAGAGAGAGAGAGAGAGAGAGAGAGAGAGAGAGAGAGAGAGAGAGAGAGAGAGAGAGAGAGAGAGAGAUGAUGAUGAUGAUGGAAGAAAAGAAAGAGGGUGAGUUUCUAACAGUGCCACCCUUUGAGUGUGCUUGGCCAAAGGACUUGAAAUUCAGGGAAGCUGGUCGUGGUUGUGUGGCUUUUGAAGCUUUUGCUCGGAAUGAUGUCACACUGGUGUUCCGGGAGAAUGUGGGAAGUCAACACUAUCAUUACAAAAGAGAUAACAGUCCUCAUUAUACUGUUAUAUUGGGUAGUCAUAGGAAUAGGAGGUUGAAGAUUGAGGUGGAUGGGAAAUCUGUUGUUGAUGUGGAGGGAGUUGGGUUAUGUUCUUCUGCUUUUCAGAGUUAUUGGAUUAGUAUUUAUGAUGGGUUGAUUAGUAUUGGUAAAGGUAGGUACCCUUUUCAGAAUAUUGUGUUUCAAUGGUUAGACACUAACCCCAAUUGUAGUGUUCGUUAUGUGGGGCUUAGUAGUUGGGAUAAACAUGUUGGUUAUAGAAAUGUCAUUGUAUUACCAUUAAUGCACCAAAACCAUUUAUCUUUGUGGAAACAUGUGGAUGUGGGUUAUGGUGGUGACUAUAUACAUGAGGAGUGUGGCCAAGAAGAGUUGGAAGAUGAACUCUCAGCUUAUGAUAAAUGGGGCCUUCAAAACUUUUUGGAGAGUUGGGACUUGUCUGAUGUCUCAUUUAUUGUUGGUAUGGAGGAAAGGCAUGUUCCUGCUCACAAGGUUAUCUUGUCAUCUUCUGGUCAUUUUCCUUUAACUUCACCUGAUGGGGUGAUAGUCCUUAAAGGGGUAACCUAUCCUGUUCUGCACUCUCUCCUUGAAUACAUCUACAAAGGCAGAACCCAGAUUCUAGAGUCCCAACUUGCUUCACUGAUGAUUCUAAGCCUGGAAUUUGAAGUAAUGACAUUGGUAAAGCAAUGUGAAGAGAUCAUACAACAGUUUAAAAUCAAUGACAAGUUAUUUGAUUCGGGCAAGAGAGUUGAAUUAUCAUAUCCAAACACUUCACCACAUUGCUACAGAGCCUUCCCUUUUGGACUUGCUGUUGAUAAGAAGAGGCUUAAACAGCUGUAUUCAAGUGGCGAGUACAGUGAUGUAGACAUAUAUAUUGAAGGAGGUGGCCUUGUUUCCCAGCCACAUAAAAUUAUUCUAAGUUUAUGGAGUGUUCCAUUUGCAAAGAUGUUCACAAAUGGAAUGAGUGAAACCAAUUCCUCAAGAGUUGUUCUAAGAGAUGUAUCCCCCGAAGCGUUCGAGGGUAUGCUCGAUUUUAUGUAUAGCGGGGAAGUUAAUUUGGAAAACACCAUGGAAUCUGGUGCCAUGUUACUACAAAUGCUAUUAUUGUCUGAUCAAUUUGGAGUCACUCUCCUCCAUCAAGAAUGCUGCAAAAUACUUUUAGAAUGUCUUUCGGAGGACACAGUAUGUCCAAUACUCCAGGCGGUUUCAUCAAUUCCGUCGUGUAAACUCAUCGAAGAAACUUGCGAGAGGAACUUUUCCAUGCAUUUCGACUAUUGUACAACCGCGAGCAUUGACUUCAUCUUCUUAGAAGAGGCGAAUUUUAGCAAUAUCAUACGGCAUCCAGAUUUGACUGUAACAUCUGAAGAAAAAGUUCUUGAUGCAAUCUUAAUGUGGGGUAUGAAAGCGAAGAACGCAUAUGGAUGGGAGGUGGUGGAUGAGCUGAUGAUAUAUUCGACGCCUGAACUUCUCUUUGGGGACAGACUAGAGUCGGUUUUCAAUUUCUUAUCUUCUGUGCGAUUUCCAAUCAUGCCUCUUGUCCUGCUCAAGAAGUUGGAGAAGAGCAACAUCAGCAGGCACAUUCCUAGUUUCGAUUUUCUUGUGAAAGAGGCCAUCAGCUAUGUUGAACAUGGAUUGUGUGAGCCUGAAUUUGAUCAAAAUGUUAGAUUUCAACUAAGAAGAUCUAGUUAUAAGGAGCUUCAGUACUUGUGUGAUGGAGAUAGUAAUGGAGUUCUUUACUUCGCGGGCACAUCAUACGGGCAACAUCAGUGGGUUAAUCCUGUUCUCGCGAAAACAAUCACAAUUACAGCUAGCAGCCCCCCUUCAAGAUUCACCGACUCCAAAGUUUUGGCGUCUAGAACUUACCAGGGAACAUCUUUUGCUGGACCAAGGAUAGAAGAUGGACAUAGUAGCGCGUGGUGGAUGGUUGACAUCGGCCCCAACCAUCAGCUUAUGUGCAACUACUACACCUUAAGGCAGGAUGGAUCCAGGGCUUACAACAGAUAUUGGAAUCUACAGGGAUCUUUGGAUGGGAAAACAUGGACAAAUUUGAGAGUGCAUGAAAAUGAUCAAACAGUAUGCAAACCAGGGCAGUUUGCAUCGUGGCCCAUAAUAGGACCAAAUGCUCUGCGACCAUUUAGGUUCUUUAGGGUUGUUCUAACGGGUCCUACUACUGAUGUAUCCAACCCCUUCAACAUUUGCAUUUGCUUUUUGGAGCUCUAUGGCUUUUUCCAUUAGUAACUACUUAAACACAUAUUUUCUUUGCAAUAUCAUGUAAUCUACACCUUCAUCUAGACUAGUUUUUAGAACACUUUUUUUCUUUCUUACUUUACAAUGUUUACUUAGUUAAACUUUUACUCUUGCUUAUAGCUAGAAGUAUAAAAUAAAUAAAAAUUUGACUUAUUUUUAGCGUUUAAA